UGUUUGCGAGAUUUCGGAGCGUGCAUGCACGACGGCCUUUGCAACGUUUUGCAGACAACACUAGUAAUUAUGCAAAAGUGUCCUUCUUGUCCCAAGUGCUGUAACUUUUAUUCAACCAAAGAUGCACCGAAAUUCAAUAGAAAUCCAGUAUUACUUCAUUGUGGACACACAUUUUGUGCAUCAUGCCUCAACAAACUAGCCAGAGAAAACAAGACAAGUAUUACAUGUCCUACCUGUCAGGGUCCUUCUCCUUUGAGUGUGGAUGGAAUUAAAAGUCUGUGGCCAGAUGUAUACACAACAGGCAUGAUAGUGUGUAACCAAAAGAUCCUCUUAGAUCAGGAAUUGAGUAAAUUGACACCAGCUGGAAUGAAUACUCAAUACAAAAGAGAUUAUUCUGAUAGAAGAGCGGAGAAGUUAUGUCGUGAAUGCUGUAGAAGAUUAGCUACCUGUAAAUGUGACAGAUGUGAAUUCAUCUUAUGUAAGAUCUGUUUUAAUCAGAUUCAUGGCUCGUCCAAUACUCUCAAACAGCAUCAAGCUAUACCAUUAUCACAGGAAGAAAGUAGUAACACUAUUUGCCAGUUAGAAGUGUCAUCUACAUGUGCCAUACAUGAUGGAAAACUGAUAGAAUAUUAUUGUGAAGAUGACCACACACCUGUUUGUUCACGAUGUGUUAUCACGGGAGAACAUAAAAACCAUUCUAUAUUGUCUAUGGAGGAAAAGAAUAAAGUGGUCUUCUCAGAAAUGGAACCAGCUAUGCAGACUGCUAAUAGAGUUAUUAAAAAGUUGAAAAAGGCAGAGAAGUCUCUAUCAGGGUUAUUACCUGAUAUGAAGGGAGAAACCACAGACGUCAUACAAGAGAUCAAUACCUACUACACAGGUCUACAUGGAGUCUUACAAGCAAGGGAGAAACAGCUCAUACAGCAAGUAUAUGAUGCAUUUAAAGCAGGAGUGGAACCAUUGUAUGACCUGAAACAAGAAAUGCAGGACAAUUUAAAGCAGUUAGAAAAUGCAGUUAAAGCUGGCCAUCGAGUUCUGAGUAACAGUGAUGAGGUGGUAUUAAAUGCCAAAGACAUUCUACAACAACUACAACGGUCGAGAGAAAUUCCCUGUAUAGUGGAACCUAAACAACAAGAAUCUUCUGAAAGAAUAAGAUUUGAAAAAGAUCACAAACUGAUGGAAGAAAUUAUUGGACAUGGUCUCAUCACUGGUACAGUCCCUUCAAAAGCUGCCUGUUUUACUCUGUCAGAUAAGCCUGAAUGUCUUGUGUUUGAUGAUACAGAUAGUACUGGUACUCAGACACCUUCUGAUUCAGUCAGUGUGGUAUCCAGAGUAUCAGAAGAUGUUAUUGUAGAGGGAGAACAAUCUGUAGAUAAUUCUCAAGGAAGUACCAGGAGUAUGACCCCUGACCUUGAUAUUAUUCCAUCAAAGGAGAAGAUCAGAGGGUCAUCAACACCAGUAAUUGUCACUCAUGUUAGAAAUCCAUGUCUAUUUAUGGUACAGAAAUGUUCAGAUCAGAGUACUCUGAAAAAAUUGUCUAGAGCCAUCAAUUCCUAUGCCCGGAGUCCUGUGGCACCUAUACCCAAAAAGCUGGCCAGAGGCGACAUGGUAUUAUCCAAAUUCAAAGAUGAACAGUGGUAUAGAGCCAGAGUAAGGGACGUAACUGAAGGAAACACUAACAAAAACACAUUUGUAGAAGUUCUUUAUAUAGAUUACGGGAAUUCACAGAAAGUCCCAUUGGAUAGAAUAAGAACUAUACAGCCAAAGCAUUCUAAACAACCUGAGUUAUUGAUAGAAUGCUGUCUUCAUGACAUAAGACCAGCUAAUGAGACUGGUGCCUGGUCUGAAGAGUCUAUAUCAACAUUUGUUAAAAUGACAGAAAAUCACACAUUAAAUCUAGUGGUAGUGAGAGAAGUCAACAAUGUCCUACAUGUUGACCUUAGUAAACCACCAAAUGAAGACAUAAAAGAUGACAGACCCAUAUCAGUCAGAGACAGUCUUGUAUUCUUAGAAUUGGCCAAAUUUAUCUCUCCAGAUGCUGGCAAUGUUGUAGGUCAGACUGCUACGAGACGUACAUUUAUUAAACCAGAACCAAAGAGCAGAGGUUGUACAUUUACAGGGUUAGUUACCUGUGCUGGAGAUCCAUCAGCAUUCUAUGUUCAAGAGAUAACAGAAGAUUCCACCUAUUUUGCCCAGCUGAUGGGACAAAUGCAGGACAGAUACAACAGAGAUAUGGGAGAUUUAUGGUUUAUAUAUUGUCCACAGCUUGAUAUGCCAUGUGUUUGUAAAUACUCUGGAGAUGACAUGUGGUAUAGGGCAAAGGUCAUUGGUAUCCCAGGUCAAAAACAAGUGGAUGUCCAGUAUGUAGAUUUUGGAAAUACAGAAAGAGUACCUUAUUGGAGACUUAGAAAACUACUGGACCAUUUCAUUAUGAUGCCUGUACAGGCUUUACCAUGCAGAUUAACAGAUAUCACUCCAGCUAGUACAGACUGGUCAUCAGAGUGUAAUAGUUGGUGGAUAAGGAAAGUGACUAUGAAGGUAUUCUCUGUACAUGUUACAGAUGUAGAGGGACCUGAACUGUAUGUGAUAUUACAAGAUGACUCGGGUACUUGUACCAUUAAUGGUGAAUUGGUUGGAGCAGGACAUGCUUUUAGUACGGGUAAAGGGUCUUCGGCUGUACCUCCUCAGUAUUUACAACCAGUCAUAGACAGCUCAGAUGAAAGUGUGUCUGUGCAAAGUGAAUCAUUAUUAUCAAGGUCAACAGGAUCUUACGUUACACCUAUCAGUUCUCCACGGAAGCUGGAAACAUCACCACUCAGACAACAACAAUCACCUGCCAGACGGGAUAUGGGUCUGUCACCUAAACAACUACAGUCUAGAAUAUCACCUGGGAGACCUCAGCCAUCCAGACAGCAACAAUCACCUGCCAGACUUGAUAUUGGUCUGUCACCUAAACAACCACAGUUAAGAUUAUCACCUGGGAGAGAUGUGGCAUCAAGCUCUCCAGUGAAAACAUUGUCUCCUCAGAAAGAAAAGUCAGAUUCUCCAGAAAAGUAUCAUAAAAGUACAAGUAGUUCUGGUGAGGAUUCAUCAAAAUCAUCUUUGCGACUUGAUGUGGAAAAAGCCAAGCAGCACACCCCUAUCCCCUCUCCUGGUAAAGCUAGUGACACAUCUGAUCCUGAAUCACCAGCUGUGGAGCUAGAAGUUAUCAUCAGUCAAUUCACAUCACCCACAGAUUUUUAUGUACAACUGGCUACUGCAGGAGAAAAUGGUCUCAAUAGUUUAAUGGAAGAUGUAGGAAAUGAGUAUCGUCUGAGUGAGGAUCAGUGGGUAACAUGGGAGGUUGGAAACUUUUGUGCAGCGAGGCAUCCUGAAGAUAAAAGAUGGUACAGAGCUAAAAUACUGAGUAUGCCUCAUAAAAGUAUAGCAGAGGUGUUUAUGGUUGAUUAUGGUUACAUUUCUCAAGUUGGUGUAUCAGAGAUCAGACCAUUACAGAAACCAUUCUUAAAACAGAUGUGCUUCGCCUUUUCUUGUCAUUUGGCAGAUAUUGUGUCAGCUGGAGACAUGAAAAAAUGGUCCAAAACAGCUUGUGAAUUCAUGGCAGAAGAAGUCAAAAAUAUGAAAAUGUAUAUCCAGAAAAAGGGGAAUACACAGAAUGAUUCAUUACCUAUUGAUCUUUUGAUGGAGGAAGACAUUGCAGAGACAGCAUUAGAACCUUCCAGGAAACAUUACUACAGCCUCACAGACAAACUGAUAGAGAAAGGACUAGCUAUUCCUAUCAACAGAAGGAAAAAGAAAAUUUUAGUCGAUACAGAAGCUGCUAAAGUAAAGAAAAUCCAGCCUGUAUGUUACUGGAAGCCAGCAGUAAAGCCAAUGAGUUCCUCCAUAUUGGGCAUGCCAGCUUAUGUUGAUUUUGAAGGAAUCAUUUGGGUACAGGAGCUGAAGGAAAAUGAAGAUACACUAUGCAUUAUGGUUAACAGACUGCAAGAGAAGUUUAUGGAUUCUGAACCACAAGCUAGAGAUGAGAUCAGGUGGCAGGAAGGACAAGCCUGCAUUGCCAUGUUUCAUCUAGAAGAAAAGUGGCAUAGAGCUAAAAUAUUGAAAGUGGAGCCACAUAGAAUACAGGUUGAGUUUGUAGACUUUGGUAAUGUUGAGUAUAUAAGAUAUGACAACAUUAGAGCUGAUGUUUUAGAAUUUAUAGAGAUACCUAUACAAUGUAUGGCCUGUAUGUUACAUAAUGUUAUACCUGUAACAACAACAGGUAAAUGGCCUGUACCAACUCUAGAUAAGAUGCACACAAUGGUGGUUAACAAACCGUGUGUCAUAGAUAUACAGAGCAGAGAAGUUGACCGUCCAUUAGAAGUUAAUAUAACCCUGCCAGACAAGAAAGAUCUCAGUACAAUACUCUACAAAAAAGGCUUAUGUUACAGGAAAAAUGAUGUCACUUAUACAGUAGAAACCAGCAAUAAGAUUGGCAGAAUUUUGUCAUCUAAAAAGUUGGCCUAUCCUAAAGUGAAGUUGGCACCUAAGAAUGAAUAUUUUAAUGUGUGUAUCACUAAUGUAGAAGCUCCUGAUGUGAUAUAUUUCCAACACUGUAAACAAGAGGAGAACAAUGAUGAGAGGACUGACGAAAUUAACGAACAACUGACGAGACUACAACUAUUAUCUGUAGAACUGAAUGGAGUGGCUCAUAAGUUUAACACUUUACCUAUACCAAAACCAGGCUUGCCAUGUUUAGGACAGUACACAAUGGAUAACAGCUGGUAUAGGGGACUUAUAAUUCAAGUUGAUGCUGAGAUCCAUCAAGCCAGAGUUCUAUAUGUUGACUAUGGAAACUCAGAGAUUCUAAAAUUUGACAGACUAAGAGCUUUACCUAUUCAUUUCCUUGAUCUGCCAGCACAAGGUGUGAGAAUGAAAUUGAAUGAGGUCAGGCUACCACCAGGUCAGAAAUACUGGACUGAAGAUAUCCUCAAAGCCAUGGUGGCUGAAGUAGAAAACAGACCUUUUAUGGCAUGUUUGAAGACACAUAACCCAGUGACUGGUGAUUUAUUGAAGAUAUCUGAAGCUCCAGGAGAACCACUAGAGUUGGCUUACCAGUCAUUAAUAAACAAGGGGUUGUUACAGGCACCAGAAGAUAACCAGUUAUUUGAUGAGGCUCUAAUUGGUCAGAUAGAAGAUGAAGUAAUAGUUGAGAGAGAAGAAGUUGUUGAUUUAGAUACCUCAACAAGUACGACCAAGGGAGAUAACUCUUUCUUGAAUGAAGAUCUGACUGUUCCAGAAGAAAGAAUAAGAACAAAAUCAUGGAGUGACCAAUUUGAUGAUGAAGACUCACUUGAUUGAAGUGUAAUCAUAUUAGAAAUUAACUAUUGUGGAUAUUUUCAUCAAUGAAAAUUUAGUGGAAGAGUUUUCAACACAAGAUAGUUAUUCUCAGCCUUAUCAGCUGGUACUAGAAGAUAAGACUUUAUUUCACCAAUGCAUAAUCAUCUAUGCUAGAGAAUACAUCAACUGACAGUGAAGGUCUUAGCUGAUUGUGUAUGUACUUUAUUGAAAGUGAUAAAGAGAGCCAUAUUUUAUGAUGUGCAAUAUCAUUGUAUUAUAUCAUUAAAACAGCUUUAAUGGUUACCUUUUUAGAUUCCAAACAUUCAGAAAUGAUCAUAUAACAUUUUCUAUGUUCUUAUUUACUUUGAAAAAUGUAAAAUUUAAGCUCUUUUAAAGUCAGAGGAAAAGAUUGUACUUGACUAAAACAAAUUAUUCAGUAGUCUGUAAACUGUUUGUUCUUUGUAAUGUUAACAUUCUUUGUCUAAUUUAAGGUUUUUGAUCAAAUUUUUGUUGACAAUUUCAUUUUAUGUUGUGUUUUAGGCUAAACUGAAAAUACAAGUUUUAAUAAACUUAUAUUACUAGAUUAGUAAAAUAUGAAGUUUGAUCAUUAUAUUAAAGAUUAAUUAUCAUUUCAGUUGCAAUAUUAAUUAGUUUAAGCAAUUUUUUUUUAUUUUUGAAAACCUUUCUGACUUAUUGAUCAGGACGUAGCCUUGAUUGGUUGUAAUAGAUUUUAAACACAAAUGUUGAAAAAAACUUAUUGGCAUUAAUCCAACAAUGCUGAAGGCCUACUUUUUUAUUAACUGAAUAUGAAUAGUGCUUAAUUAGGAAAGGGAAAGAAUGACUUACUUUAGAACCAAUAGUGGGAUUAAAAUUUCAUGUUUUUUGUCUCUAAAUUUUGAUUUCAUGGAGAUUAAUUUUCAUGGUUAACAGUAUGUGAACAUUUCUGUGGGGUUUUUAUUUUGUGGAUCAUGUCUGUCCAAGAAAUAAAUUAAAUAUAAACUUGAAAGAGUCAACUAUUAUAGUUAAGUAGAGAUCCAAUCAAAAGUAAGGACAGUGCAUAAACAUCGUGAAACCAGUUAGAAAUAUAUGUUUUCUUAAUAUAAAUUUAAAAUAUAGUGUCAAUUAUAAUCUAAUUCACAAGCAUGUUGUAGGUGUGCUUGAUUUGUCAGUUUCAUUUUAAUCAAAACAGUACAAUACCUUUUUUACAAUAGCAUGGUGAGAGGAACAUCUCAAAGAUUUGACCCGACUAAGUUUAUUUUUACAUCUUAUAUAGCCCCCCAAUACACAUCAAAAUCAAAGAUAAUCUUAUCCUUAUUAUUAUUAAUAAGGAUAUGAAAAGUUUUUUUUAACCGAUUAAUUCAUAAUGUUAUAAUAUAGAAUUAUACAUGUAAACAAUCUACUAAUAAAUAAACAGAGGUAAUUGAUUGAAGUGAAAUUGACAAAUCAAACGCGCCUACCACCUGAACACAUAUUUUUGAACUAACUUAUAUUCUGUUCCUACUUUUGAUUAGUUCCCUGCUGAGCUAUUGACUCCGCCCAAAAGGAGGUAAUGCCUUAGCUAAUAAUGAUUUCAUGGUUCAACUAGAAAGCAAGCUAACCAAAGAUACUACCUUUACUUACACACUCAAGUCAAUGUGCUGUAAGGAUUUUAUUUAUAUAAUUGCUCAUUUGUUUAAUGUAUAUAAUGAUAACACUCGAGGAAUACCUCAUUAUUAAGAUUUACAUUUAUAAGAUUAUUUCUAUUCUUUGCUCUUACUACACAAAAAGCAUAAUAUUAUAUCCCAUAUAUCCAGUAUGAUAAUUUCUGCUAAACACUAGUCCAUCAUGAAUGCCUGUAAAUGCUACAUGUUUAUUUUGAGACAGAUAUAUGCAUCCUGAAUUAGUUAAUGUGCAUUAAACUUCUGAAUAUUACAAAUCUCAUCUAGCAAGGUUAGAUAAAGAAUUACAUGACAAGACUCUUUCAGAUAAUAAUCUCUUAACAAAGUAUUUUUGUGUCACUUGACUGCAAAGUUGUAGCAACACAUAGGGAUCACUUCUGUUGUUGUGGAUCUUGUCAAACUUUGUACAACUUCCUUGAAACAGCUCUACAGAAUUCAACAAAAUUUGGUCAAACUCUUCUAUGAGACAUACAGUUCAAUGUUCUUUGAUUUUGUAUGAAUGCAUUUGAUAUGAAGCAGUAAUUUUAUAAAAGAAAUGAUUUGGCUUUAUUUUUCCUAUGCCCAUCUGAAUAAUGCAUGUAUUACAGUACUAUGCUGUGUUGUCACGAGAUAUGUUGUAUGUUAAAUCCAGUUUUACACAACUGAUUUAAUUUUGAUGUAGUCUUCAGAGUAAGGGCAGUAAUGUCUCCUUUUAGAUGUGUUUCAGAAUUAUUGAAAUUUCUUUCUUAAAAUAAUAAAAGCUAUUGUUUAAAAUCUUUAAUUUAAAAGAAGUAUUAUUUUGGUGGGUUCUGAUGUUUCAGGCAUUCACAAAUCACUGUUUAUGGCAAUGGAGAGAUGUAAAAUUAGCCAUUGAACCUUCAUCAUGGUAUAAUAUGUUUUUGAUUUUUUUUAAGAUCAGGGGAAAUAAAAAAACUGUUUUUCAAAUUGUUAGAAAAUAUUGAAUUAUUUGUUGAAAUGUAUAUUUACAUUACAUUUGAAUUAUCUUGUUUAUCUAGAUUGGAUCUGAGCGAUAUAAUUAUGAUAUAUAUUUUGUUUUUUAUCAUUAUUUUUUCAGUGUGUUAGAGGGAAGACUCAUUUUCAUGUCAUCUGUUUCAUUUUUAUUUUUAAUGAUUUCAGAAAAUAAAAAUUUUCAAAUAUUU